AUGCGCCCGAAAGCAGUCAAAAAUAAUACCGGAAAGACAGGCAAGGAAUCCGCCCUGGAUAAAAAGUUGAGGGGAACGAAAGCGCGGAAUGGAUUUCGUGUGGCCAGUAGAAAUCACAGCAACAACAACAAUAAGUGAGUUUUUUUUUACUUAUCCAUAACGCUACCAUGGGCGUCCUUUUCUCGUGCCUCCAGCUUUUGUUAUUAGGUCUUCAAAUGAACACUUGGUUUUUCCAUGGUGCCGAGGCGUUCUUUGGGAAUUGGAUUGAAACUGCACUAGACCUAACCUGUGAGGUGGGUGGUUACAUCCCUAGACGGUGGGUACCGGAACGGCCCUCAGUAAAGGCCUGCCGUAGUUUAGUCAUGCAACUGGAUCUGACCAAUACAGCGCUGCUGGGGUAUUGCGUGUGUGGGGACCGUCAAUAUCAUCUAAUGGUUACAGUGGCUCCAUUUGUCUCAUGCCAAGACGUUCAAUACUCAGAUCAGAGAGAACAGUCAGUAUGCAAAGGGGAAAUCGUAAGGUUGUUAGUGACCGCCGUAACUGCAUGACCGGUUUCUUUGGACUACUCGCUGGCCACCUCCCCUUAUUUCUACCCUUAGUCUAUUUCUGUUUUUUGUUCUACGCCAAUCAGGCAUUUGUAACCCCGAACGGUAUGAGAUCUAUUAUAUUGUCCUCAUUAAGGUCUGGGAAGCACGUGGUGAGUUUCUUUGAUUGUCCCUGUUAAAUAUCCACGAAGUGCAUAAAAGUCAAAUUUUAGAUUUCAUCGGACUCGAAGUUUGUACACCUCCGAAGGGGGCCCAGUAACCACAAAACGGUCAAAAAAUGGUCCAGGAUGCCCGAAUUUAAUAUGUGGAUCGGCGGAUGUUUUGUAGUAGAUGAAGUGUGACUCGCGAAUUUGAAUGAAUUUCAUUUUACAGAGUUGCAUUUGUCCGUUUCAAAUGCGGUUUUUUGGCUGACCCUAGCUAAGCGUUUUGCAUUGGUGGGACAGCGAGCAGGUAUAUUGCUUACCGACCCGUUGCCUGGUUCCUGUUUGUAAGUGAUUCCAUCGUAGAUUGCCCCACCAAAGUGUUUGCUCAUGUUCAUAUAGUUUGGAGGAUGGAAAUAUGCGACCAGGCAGGUGCAUAGCUGGUAUACCAGGGUUUUGUAUCAUCUUACGAAGUCCAAAUAGGCACCAUCUUCUAUCCGGCUGCAAUGAUAAUCAGGCUUGUGUAGAAGCUUCGUUUAUCAUGAAUAAUUCUGUUCAUUUUUCUUCAGAUGUACCAUUGUCCCUCACUUCGUCUACCGCCUAUAAUCAUUAUUAUUGGCUGUCUCCGCCUUCGCCGAUUUUUUUCACGUUCUUAGUCGACUGCAUUUUUAUUUCUAUGACCUAUGAGUUUAAGGGGUUUUAUGUUUGUAGACGCUCUCCAUUCACCGUAACUGUUUCGAUUUUCUUUCAUUUCAGACACUCAGCGGUGCCGGGAAAACUCGCGAAACCUGCCAUUGACCACAAGCACAAAAAACAGCCUGAAAUAUGGUUUACUGGAGUUCCAUCUGCUCUAGUUAAGGCAUCGCAAGACUCGCAGGAGUCAACAGCGCCGGAUCUCGUAAAGGCAAAAUCAUUUACUGGGUAGCGUUCGUCUCUUCAUACACCAAAAGUUUUCUACCAGACUGCAGUUCCAUCUCAUUGCAAUAUCAGUUCAUUCACUGUGUAUUUUACAGUCCGACCAAACGAAUUGCGAUGGAUUGCGAAUUCGUGGGCGUGGGAUUCGAUGGCAAGGACAGUGCACUGGCGCGUGUCUCCAUAGUGAAUCAGUUCGGCCACUUGCUCAUGGAUGAGUAUGUUAGACCUAAAGAGAAGAUAACUGACUACCGCACAGCCGUUUCAGGAAUUACUCCCUCUCAUAUGCGGCCCGGUGGACCCGCUAAAGACUUCGAUUCAGUGCAUCAGAAGGUCGCUGAACUGUGCAAAGGUCGUAUCCUGGUUGGUCACGCUGUUCAUCACGAUUUAAAGGUUAGCGUAUUUAAAAUUGAUAAGUCACUGGCCACUAAAAGAAAAUGUGCUGUUUUAAUCGAUUAAUGACAAUCAUGAUUGAUAUAUAAGUUAGUUCCAUAAGCUUGGCAAAGUUUUAUAAUUAGUAUUCCAACAGACCGUGUUUGAAUUAUCGACUGUAAAAUUGGAGGAUUUGCGAACGCUUCCGAAGUCUAAUUUACCACGUCAGUCCUUGAAUUCGCGCAUGCAUCGUUUGAGGACUUCUGCUCUGGCGUACUCUGGUCAUGAAAGACUAAAAUCCUUAGCGCGAACCAUCCUGGUAUAGGCCCCCUUGGCCCUGUUGCUAGUCUUUCAUGGUGUCUUCCAUCGCUGCCCGUUCUACCGCGUUAGACAGCUAGUGAGAAAACCUCCCACCUGAGGUACUUAAAUUUACGUCAUGUCCUCUCCGGUGUCUGUUAGGGAUGGGUCACCCCACAAAAUCUGUCCAAUUACUUGAUAGUCUGGAUCUUUCCCUUUUUAGACUUAUGUCAUUGGGCCCCCACCCCUUCUGGAGAUCUCAGAAUUACUAUUCUCGAUGCCAUGCCAACCACGCUUAGAUUGGGCUCUGAGAGGCAUUGAAGUAGUGUCGUGAAUGAUUAGAACUGGAAUCUGACUGACUUUGGCUAGGAUGGGUCAUCUAUCUUACUUGAAAGCCUGAAACUGCACACGAACUCGCCGUUUGUCGCUUAUGAUGCUCUUAAUUGUUGUAUAGAGUUAUGUUCUAGUGCAUCCACCUGCUCCGUAUCUCACCUUUGGUUUCGAUCCUCUUUUCCUUAUCCUUCCACCCCUCCACUCCAAAAACCUAUCCAACGUGGCUAAUACAUAACCCACAAUCCUUCUAAGCCAAGUUGGUUGUGGCAUCACCGAGUCGCUAGAAAGUUGGGUUAUCUCACACUCACUGUUGUGUUUGCUGGGUCUCUGAAUAACGUGAAAUUCGUGAGCUUCUGAAAAUCCUGUCAUUCUUUCACAUUCUUUUGUUUCGUCCCUUGUGUGUAUCUAUUUUUUGACCAUUACCACCACGGCUGUAUGGUCUCCUCAAGAUUACGUUGACUGACGCGACUCUCUGCGAAUAUUUAGGUCUUGAUGUUGUCCCAUCCCAGGCGAGACAUCCGUGACACGGCCUACUACAAACCCUUCAAGGCCCUCUUCAAUGACAGAGUUCCCUCCCUCAAAGCCCUCACCGAACGCGUCCUCGGUGUGAAGGUUCAGCACGCCGAACACGAUUCUGUCGAGGAUGCGCGGGCCACUAUGCGUCUCUAUACUUCCGUAAAACGCAUUUGGGAGGCCCAAAUCAAAGCAAUCAAUGCGGGCAAAAGUCCAAAGGAUGUGAAGAAGUUGGCUGCCCACCUGCGCAUUCCAUCGGCCCCCUCAGAGGUGGAUGUGGAACAGAUCAAACCGACAUCUCUGGCUAAGAUUGCUUUUGAUGUCACCUCCGAAUUUUAUGUGAGUCAUCCUGUCAGCGUCAUGUCGUACUCGUACUUUGACAGUUAUUUGUUAGAGGCCGUUCCCUGCUGACCCAGUUAGGAAACUUUAAUUCCGAGGCCAAAACCUCUGGCCUUGGCGUAUUCGAUGGCAUAGUAAGCAUCAUAAUGCCCCUCAACUGUUUUCCCCUUGUGCACUUUCAAAAAGUCGGGCAUCUCCGUGGACAGCACCGGUUCGCGGGACUCCCGAGGACUUACGUCCUACGGGAAUCCUGACCGCCCAACACCUGCCGUUCGCCAAGGUAGACCUCGCGUGGAUGGACGAGGCCGUAAAUGCAGCAAGAACCGCGCCCGCUUUUUGGAAAAACGAAAGAAACUACGCAAAAACAAAACAUUCGCCCCUUCCUCUUCCUUCCUUUCAUAG